UAUUUUCCCAAUGGAUGACGAAAAAUGAGUGAUUCAUCUCAAAAGUGUUGGCAGUGCCCCAAUUAUGAAGAAAGAUAAAGUAUCACUAAGCAAAGGAAAAUCAAUAGCUGCUCUGUAUAAGUUUGUUAAUAAGAAGCUCAAGAGCGAACUUGAGGAAGGUCAAAAGGUCCUCUUACAAGUCUCUGAAUCAUUUAUUCCUUCACAGCAGACUUUAUUAGCAGAUCUUUAUGAUACUUUCAAGAAUGAAUCCAACGCUAUAGUGAUUAGUAUCUCCAUUGAUGAGCCUGGAUGGGGCUAAACAACCUGAAAUGAAAGGUCCCUCCUAAGUACAAAGUUCAGCUAUUUUAUGAAUUCAAUA